AUGACUGCGUCUACAUUACCAAAAAUCGAUGGCAAGGUGGUCCGGAGGAGCGGCCUGCUAAGCGCCAACCCGCCCGCAAGCGACUCAGGCGACGAGUCCGACUAUCUCGACAGCGAUGAGCCGCGCAAGAAGCGCCGCGUGAGACAAGGCAUAGCUGAGGAGGAAAGCUCUGACGAGGAAAGCUCUGACGAGUCAGAUAGCGAAGAGAGCAAAGAGAGUGAAGAGGAGGAGGAAGAGGAAGAGGAGGAUGAGGAGAAGGUGGCGGCACAGCUGCUGCCCAAGGUAGCACACGUCCCAUCUACGUUCAAUGCCCCGUCGCGUGUCCGCUCGCGUGUUCCGACGGACGACAAGACGGCGGCAACGGCUGCUGCCCAGAAGAAGGCGAUUGACGAGGCCGUCAGGACAAUUGCUGCGGGCGAUGCCAACGGCACAGCACCCGAGGUCCCGGCCGCCGACGCCGCCGCCAACGUGCUCGCGGCACCGACCGACCCCAACACCACCUUUGACGCCAUCAGUGUGAAGCCCUGGCUGGUCCGCUCGCUCUCCAACAUGGCCAUCCGCCGGCCGACGGCGAUUCAAAAGGGCUGUAUCCCGGCCAUCCUCCGGGGCCACGACUGCAUCGGUGGCAGCCGCACCGGUUCCGGCAAGACAGUCGCUUUUGCCGUGCCCAUCCUGCAGGCGUGGUCGGCGGACCCGAGCGCCAUCUUCGCCCUGGUGCUGACGCCGACGCGCGAGCUGGCCCUCCAGAUUUACGAGCAGUUCAUGGCCAUCUCGGCGCCGCAGCCGCUCAAGGCGCUGCUCGUGACUGGCGGUGCCGACAUGCGGCCGCAGGCCAUUGCCCUGGCCAAGAACCCACACAUUGUCAUUGCCACUCCGGGCCGCCUGGCGGACCACAUCCGCACGUCGGGCGACGACACGGUUGGCGGGCUGAAGCGCGCGCGGUAUGUCGUGCUCGAUGAAGCCGACCGGCUGCUCACAGCGGCUCCGACGCUACCCGAUGCUGCUUCUCGCGGUGGUGGUGGAAAGAAGAGCAAGAACAAAAGCGACGGCGCGGCCUCGGGCAGCAUGCUGCCCGAUGUCGAGACGUGCCUGAGCGCGCUGCCGCCGCCGACCAAGCGCCAGACGCUGCUGUUCACGGCCACGGUGACGCCCGAGGUGCGCGCGCUCAAGACGAUGCCCCGCAGCGCCGACCGGCUGCCCGUGUUUGUGUGCGAGGUCGAGACGCACGCACCAGCCAUCCCGGCCACACUGACACAAUGCCACUUGACCGUUCCCGUGACCCACCGCGAGCACUAUCUGCACGCCUUUUUGAGCACAGCGCACAACGCCGCGCUGCCCGCCGUCAUCGUCUUUGUCAACCGCACGUCCACGGCGGCCUACCUGCACCACCUGCUGCGGCUGCUGGGCCACCGCGUCACAGCGCUGCACGCCACGCUGCCGCAGCGCCAGCGCACCGACAACCUGGGGCGGUUCCGCGCGGCGGCGGCGCGCAUCCUCGUGGCGACGGACGUGGCUGCGCGUGGUCUCGAUAUCCCCGAGGUGGCGCUUGUUGUCAACUACGACGUGCCGCGCCUCCCCGACGACUACAUCCACCGUGUUGGCCGUACGGCGCGUGCGGGCCGCCGUGGCGAGGCCGUGACGUUUGUUGGCCAACGGGACGUGGACCUGGUGCUGGCGAUUGAGGCGCGCGUGGGCCGCCCGCUCGAAGCGUGGUCCGAGGAGGGUGUCAACUUGGAGACGCGCGUGACCAAGGAGGCGCUGAAGCUGGUGGGCGAGAAGAAGCGGGAGGCGCUGCUGGAGAUUGAGGAGAACCGCGAGGUGGGCGGCAAGCGGAAGCGGGGGAUGCUGAAGCUGCGGGCGACGUAA